AUGCUGGUCCCAUCCGGUAUGAAUGUUUCUGUGCUGCUCGUCGCUCGUGGCUCAACAGCCAACAGCCAGUCGGCUAUGCCUCGGUAACGAACGAUAAUUUCCCUCAAGGUGAUGAUGCGAAAAAUUUACACUUCCUAUAAAAAAAGAAUCUGACUUGAAGGUGACCACCAGGUGUCGAUCGAGAGCUCCGGCUUAAUCAAGCUAAUCGAAGAUAUUUCAGGAACUUCAACUGUUGAAUUCAAGUUGGAUGAGAUGUGAACGAUUUCUAAAUAACAUCUUUAUUUAUUUUUAAAUAUCUUUAUAUAUGUAUAGUGUGAUGACUUUUGUCACGCGGAAUGUAGAAAAUAAAGCAAAAUACGAUACAAAGAAACGAUUGUUCAAUGAUAUUCUCGACAAAUGGAGAUCGAAUUUUGGACACAUCGCUUGUCAUACCAAGUUCAAGAAGAAAGUGACGAAUUAUUGUAUACGGUUUGGUCACUCGUUAUGGUCCGCGAAUCAGUUGCCAGCGCAAGGAGUUGACUCCUUCGAGAAUUUUUUGUCCCAAAAGAGCUAUAUUUAA